AUGUCGUCCCAACUUCAGAGCGAAGCCGCCUUUGAAAGCGGCAUCCCAGCCUUCAUAUAUAGACAAUGGUUCAAAUACAGACAACCAGUCCCUGCCGGCACGAGCUUGGCAGGGCAGACUGCCAUCAUUACCGGUGCAAAUGUCGGGCUCGGACUCGAAUCAUCACGGCAGCUGCUCGCCCUGGGCCUUUCAACGCUGAUCGUGGCAGUCAGAUCACAGCACAAGGGCGACGAGGCCGCCAAGGGUCUAAAGGCAUCACACCCAAAUGCCAGGAUAGAAGUCUGGCUGGUCGAUAUGGAGAGUUAUGACUCGGUGCAGAACUUUGCCAAACGGUGCGACAAGGACCUGGAUCGUAUCGAUAUCGUCAUUCUCAAUGCUGGACUGCAGAGCCCCGUGUUCCAGCGCGUGGCGGCGACAGGCCAUGAUCAGGUCCUGCAGGUCAACUACUUUUCAACAGCACUUCUCGCAAUUCUUCUACUGCCCAUUAUGAAAGCCAAGCGACAGAGGGCGGACAGUCCGCCAGUUCUCAGCGUCGUCUCGUCUGACACGGCGUACUGGGCGACGCUGGAGACGGACAGGCCCGUCACCGCACAACUCAACCGCGAAGACGGCUACACGGGAAUGAAUCAGUACAAGGGCACAAAGCUUCUGGAGAUGCUCUUUGUGGCCAAGCUGGCCGAGCAGGUCGACGCCAACGAGGUGAUUGUCAACCUGGCGAACCCCGGUUUCACGGCCGGCACGGCAUUCGGCCGCAACAGCAGCGGCAACUCCUGGGCCUCGCACGUAAUGAGCACAGUCUUCCGCGUGGUACUGGCUCGCACGAUUGAGGCUGGAGCAAGCAACUACGUGGACGCUGCAGUGGUCAAAGGAAAAGGAAGCCAUGGUAGCUUCUGUAGUGACUGGGAUAUACGCCCAUACCCCCCUCUGAUGUACACGGACGACGGACAAAAAAUCAAGGAGAGAUUAUGGGAAGAGACAAUGGAAGAAUUGAAUUUUGCUGGUGUAUCUAGCAUUAUACAAUCCCUUCGUGGCUGA